AUGUCGGAAUACGGAAGCGUGGCGGAAUCAGUCGAUCUGGUGAGAUUCUUUCCAGAAUCAUUUUAGUUUUAGAAUUUAGGGUCGUGAUUCUAACAUCCCAUAUAUCGAUGGACAAGUUCAAAAUGUUCACUUUCAUCCAAAAAAAUUAAUUUUCAGGACGGUCACUACGUUCGUACCACCCAUCAUUACCGCGCCUCUUCUACUCAGUAAGUUUUUAUUCAUUUGUUGAAAAGUCAAUCAUUUUCAGCUCGGUGAGAACCUCGACUCCUGUUGGUGGCUACAAAGGUUUGGGUUUUGAUCACAUGGUCAACAGAAGAUAAGAAUGAAUCAGAGACCACGCUCAUGCGGGAAAACUUUUAUUUUAUUAUUUUUUUUUUACCAUUUGAACCUUCACUACAUGAAUCAUUGUAUUGCGGUUUGUCCUAGUGCGGCCGACCAGAAACUACUUACAGCAUCAAAAAAACCCUUUCAUUUUCAAGCAUACGAAGGACCACCAAUUGAUUCUGGGAUGUCUGGCAGCUCCGGCUUGAGCACCGAUUUGAGAGGAGCUCGCGAAAACGAGAGACGCAGCCUGGAAUUCCUGAACAACAGCCUUGUUGCUUACAUCGAAGAGGUCGUAGUCGGAAAUUAUGGUCACAUAAAUAUAAUGUUUUAAGUCACGCUACCUCGAGGCGCAGAACAAGAUUCUGAAAAAUGAUAUUGAUGCUCUCAAGCAAUAUUUUGCCGAAGCUCCGGUGGAUCGUCAAAUCGAGAAGAAUCCAUUUGAGAAUGUGGAGGUAUGUUGGAAUGGGCUAUUGCAAAAAAUUUCAUCAAUCAUUUUAAAAACAAAAAAACAGAUUUUUUAAGUGAUAAACGAUUUUUUAAAAUUGAGGGAACCUGGAAAUGUGAAAAAUAGCUUUAAAAACCUGAAGCUCAAAAUCCCUGGAAAUUCAUAUUUUAAGAUGAUCGACUUUGGCCUUGUCGAAGUCCUCGCGAGAGGACAGAAAGUUUCCGGAGAUGUAGCCUUGCUCUUGAAAGAGCUAGACGAAUGGAAAGGCAAAUGGAAUGACUGGAAUCGGAAUCUGCCAAAACUCCGGGCUGAAAUCGAUAACUAUGGGAGGGAUCACGGAAGGAUCACUGGAGAAAUUGCUCAAUUUUCUAAUCUCACAAAAAUUAGCAAGGAAACUGCCGACCGGCUGAAACGGGAGAACGAAGAUUUGCGCAACAAAAUCAAGAACUUGCGAAGGGUUUGUGGAAAUCCUGAAGUCAAUGUUUUGAAGAAAAAGUUAAGGAAUUGGAGGACGCUCGAUUGAACAGCGCUGAGAGCAAGACACGCGUUUCGAGCCUUCUGCAGGAGGUGAACACCUUGAUCCAGGAGACCGAUGUUGUUAGUUUUCUACUAUGGAUACAGCUUUUAAAAAUUGAAGUUAAGGUCAUCCAGAAAGAGAUCGUCUAUCAACAGAGGAAGAGAGACGAAAGUGACCGCAAGUUCUUCCACGAUGAAAUCAGGGCAGCUCUGGAGCAAAUCAGGGCCGAUUGCUUGAAGGUAUACAAGAGUUAUUCGUUAUGAUUCUAAAAAAGAUUACAGGCAAUUGAGAAGAACUACAUCGAGAUUGAAGACAAGUACAUGCAGUUCAUCGACAUCAUCAUCAAGUCGUCCAAUGUCAAGUUCAAGAUCGACGAUUAUAAAGACCAGCUUCCAAAACUGAGGGAUGAAUACACUAUUCUUAUCUCCAAGAUAGCCGCUUUGGAAGAAAAGGUAAACAAUUUUUCAUAUGUAAAACAGGUUUUUUUGAAGUUCUUGCUCCUGGAGUACAAGUACCUGGAGGACAAACUUCACUAUGAACAAGAUCUGAUAAUGCAAAAGGAAACUCUGUUCGCAAAGGGACAGGCAGCUCAACAAAUCAAAGAUGAAUGCGAAAACAUUAUCGCCGAAAUCGAGAGACUCUGCAGUUUGAACGUUGUGAGUUUAUACAGUUCGAAAAAAAAACCUGAUAUUAUUCUGAUAUGAUGACAAAAAAAUUCCAGUCCCUAGCCGAACAAAUCGCGAGAUACCGGAAGAUCCUGGAAAACGGCAAAGUGACAACGAAAGAAGCGCCUCUUCUGGUCCCGACGGGAAUUCAGACAACUCGCACCAGCACGAAAAGUUUGACCCAAGACCGUCGAUCUUCAGCCUCCACAACUUCUCAAAUCAAAACCAGCCAACCUGUGCAAUACGCAAGACUUGUUUAA